AUGUCUUUCAUGCAGACAACCUUCAAAUCUGGCUGGAUCACCGACCUCCUCCUGCCGGCCCCACCAGAGGGAAAGUCGCCCCAAGAUGUGCUGGAGGCCGGCUUUGAUCUCGCGCUGAAGAUGUGCUCGGACCCGGUUCUGAUGGCCCGGCUGAACCCACUGAUCACGAACGUGGUCAACAUCCCGGCCUCGGACCCAAAGGCGGUCGACUACAUGGCUCUCUCCAGGGAUUUCAAAGUCGACCUGAAUGCCGAGUACGCGACCGAGGACUUCCAGCACUAUGCCAUCACGGACAAACUCAACGUGCUCCCGGGCUACAGCACCGACUUGACCUAUUACAGCGCGAUCCGUCGCACCAAGGACGGCAUGGAGGCGCUGACGAACCCGGGCUCCGGGGUGACCAUCUACGGCCGCUUCAGCAUCCGGGUCGCCGAGCCGCGCGACGUCAAGGCCCUGGACGCAAGCGACGGCCGCGGCUGGAUCGUCAACCUCUACGAGACCAACGAGUUGAGAUGCAACAAAAUGCUGAGCUACUACAUCCGCGCCACGACCGACAAGUCGCACAGGUUGGCCCACGGGCGGUUCAAGGAGAUGUGGUACCAAAGGAUGAAGGAACUGGGCUAUCCUGCUACGCCGUGA